AUUUUAUCCCAGAAAAAGAUAAAAAUCAUCCUGCAAAAUCUCCUUAUUUUACCCCUCUAACAUUGACAAUGGCACGGAUAGAACAUGUACAAUGAUAGAUGGAGAUCUGAACAUGUGAUAUAUCGCUCACAGGUUGUGCCAUUAGUGAGGCCACACCUACUUCAAGUUUCAGACAAACAAAUAAGUUUCUGCAGGAUCGGAAACUUGAUUAGUCUGUUACGAUAAUGGUGCUGAUUAGUCCAACAGCUUCAAUGGAGCGAGUCAAGAUGUUGAUGCAGUCUUAUCUAAUGAAGCCAAGUCUCCUAUUGGUGGCGCUGCUACAUGUAGUUGCCCACCUGGAUGGUGCAUUUGGCUGCAGUGGUCGUCAAGUCAUCACAAAUUCAACUGAGGGGAUCCUGACAGAUGGUCCCAAUGAUUAUCCUCCAAAUGCACAUUGUGAAUGGCUUAUAGUUGCACCCCAUCCAAAGCAGUACAUUACGCUUGACUUCACGAAGAUGGAUACUGAGUGUACCUAUGACUUCCUGUUUGUGUUUGAUGGCCAGUCAUACUCUAGUCACCUCCUGGGCAGCUUCAGUGGAAACACUGUGCCUGACACCCUAUCAGCAAAGUCAGGAUAUAUGCUGAUAUACUUCUACAGUGAUAGGAACUAUGUCUUAGGGGGGUUUGACGCCAUGUACAAGAUCACAAACUGUCCGCUAGAUUGCAACGGCAAGGGCUCUUGCAAAGAUCACGUGUGUCACUGCAACGGUGGUUACUAUGGCGAUUCGUGCGAGUUGGAGAUGUAUACUGAUAGCUGCGGUGACGGGACCUGGGAUAUAAUCAAGAAAAAGUGUAUCUGUGUUAGGGGCUAUGCAGGAAUACUCUGCAAGAUAGCCCUCAAUGUGAGCGACAAUGUCAAUUCCUGGAACAUUGUUGCCCACUCUGAAUCAGGUUUUUCAGCCCGUGUAGGCCAUGCUGGGGCGUUUCUAAAACCGUCAGAAAGUUUAUGGAUAUUUGGUGGUCACAAUUUGAAUGGUUUGCUUAACGAUCUUUUACAAUUUAAUUUUGUACAAAAUGAAUGGAUUACAAUGGCACAGUCUGUGCCCUGGCCCCGUGCUUGCUAUGGUCAUACUGUUACGGCGGUGGGAGCGGACUUGUUCAUGUUAGGCGGUAUGCUCGAGGAUAACACUCACACGAACGAGCUCUGGCACUAUAACGUCUCUGCUGGGUCGUGGAGUUUGAAGGCCAACACAAGUAACAUCCAACCGCCCGGACUAGUCUACCAUACCACAACCCUUGUCGAAGGACGCUGGUUGUAUGUUUUUGGUGGCAGACAUGAAAAUGGAUCCUUCUCAUCGAACAUGUACAGGAUUGUUGUUCCAGAGGCAAUAAAGUGGGAAGUGGUCGCAGUUAAAGGUGGGAAAGAAACAGUCAGGCGCCUUAUUGGUCAUUCCACAGUCUACCAUCCCGAAUCAAAAUCGCUUCUAGUAUUCGGCGGCUUGAAACCAGAAUAUGCCAGAUUCAGCGAACGUAGUAACUGGCUCCACGCUUUUAACGUUGAUAAAAAUUACUGGUCGCGGAUUUAUUAUAACACAGAUUCGGAUGUUGAGUCUCCUCCCAAGUCUCGAGCGUUCCAUUCUGCGAAUAUUAUGGGCAAUUACAUGGUCGUCUACGGCGGGAAUAGUCACAAGCACAGUCAUGAUGAGAUCUGUUAUGAUAAUGGAUUGUACCUAUAUCAUCUUGGAUGCCAUAUUUGGGUCAAACUCAGAGACCUUCAGAAGAACUUCUCAGUGCUUGUGGAAGCUCCUCCUUCUGGUCGCUUCUCCCAUGUAGCAGCCGUGGCAUAUGAUAACACUCUCCUGAUAGCCGGUGGUUACCGAGGCAACGUGCUUGGCGAUCUACUGGGUUACAUUGUACCGCCUCCUUUGGCAAAACAUGAGAGUGAAGCAAUGAUAGCGCGGCAGACGGACCACUGUUCCCAAUACUCCCAUGAUGACUAUUGUAUCGCUGACCCCGAGUGCGGCUGGUGUUAUAAGAAGAAGGUGUCACUAGUGCCUGGGUGCUUGCACAGAAGUAAUGGAAGGCUAUGUAAGGAGAAGCUCCGUACUAAGAAAUGCCCUGGAAUCUGUGGUACCCUGAUCUCAUGUCAGGCUUGUGCCGUUAUGGGGAAGAAGGCACUGCCAACAGACACCACACUCACCAGGUUACAGCAGAAUGAGAACUGUGCCUGGUGCGUCAAGGAAGCAAGCUGUCAGAAAUUAGAUGUUCCUAGUGGCACCUGCAGCCCUGCCCACGGGACCAUCUCAGGUAUACCAGGCUGGUGGGGUAAGAACAGCACUCGUAUCACCAAGCUCUCAUCAUGUCGGACUGACGAUUUCCCUGCUGGUUUGCAUUGGAUCAAGUACAAGAACCCACAGAAUUACUCCUAUCCUGAUGUGGUUGAACUUGUUCGCACUAGCAAUAACGAAUAUCAGUUCCCGCACGUCAUCAAGAAAGAACUGACGAUUGGCGGGAAGAACUUGGCCAUGUUCAAGGGAUUCAUCCACCCUCUUGACGCACCCUCAUCGACGGGAGGAGACCUGAUUGUCUCAUUGGUUGUAAUUGCAUCGGAGGGGAAGCUCUACAUGAGCAAGAACGGAUCCCCAAAGGAAAAGGAAGAAGUAGCAAUCGUUGCUUCAGAUUCUUACGGUACAACAAAUGCCAGGCGUCCAAAGGGAGGUCCAAUAUUUCCAAACAAGACACGUGGUCAUAAGUAUUACACGGAGCUGGAGUCUUGGCAUGAGGUGCCACGCUAUGAGAAUCAACAGAUCAGGUCGACGAUGUCGCUGAAAUGGACGGGGGCUCUUGCAGAUAAGUCACAUGCUGAUCAGCCAAUCUCGGCAGAAUUUCUAGAACCUUACAACUCGGGCUCUUGCAAAAACUACACCAACUGUAUGGCUUGUAUGACUGACACGUCCUGCGGGUGGUGCCCCUCUAGUGCGGCCUGCCUCAACAAGAUGAGCACGGAUCUCCCUGCCUCGAGCUGUGGAUCAAGCAACCCUGACACCUAUUUGAUCACUUUUUCUGACGACUGCCCUGUCUGUAAUGACUUGGUUAGUUGUGAUGUGUGUACGAAGAAUCUUCUCUGUGAAUGGUUGGUUGAAGAUGCCAGGUGUAUGAGACGUGGGCGAUUCCCUGGAGAUGCAGUCCUGACCCCUGACAUGUGCCCGCUUUCUUGUGUGCUACGAUCCAAUUGCUCAAGCUGCAUGAGUACCCCAGAAUGUGCCUGGUGUGAGAAAACGAAAACCUGCUUUGCAUUCUCGCAGUACAUCACACGCCACGUGUACGGCCAGUGUGCAGAGUGGGUCGACAGUAUGAGCGCUAAGAAGUGCACGGAGUGUUCCCAGCAUAAGACGUGUAAAUCGUGUAUCGAUGACUUCCAGUGUGGCUGGUGUGGUAAUACAUACAACCCAACUAUAGGACGGUGUAUGGAUGGAGAUUUUGUUGGUCCAUUUGACAGUAGCAAUUGCUCCGUGCUGAUUUCCAACGUCAAUAACGUUUCUGCACCAGCUGAUUGGUCAUAUGGAAUCUGCCCAGAUGUUGAAGAGUGUCUUCUUGGGUUAGAUAAUUGCCAUCAGAAUGCUACGUGUCUUAACACGUUUGAUUCCUACAUGUGCCAAUGUAACCGUGGAUUCAUGGGAAAUGGCAGGGACGUCUGCAACAAAACGUGUUACUACAACUGUAGACACGGCCAUUGCUCUGGACCACCUGACUACAUCUGUCGGUGCAACAUCGGCUGGACGGGCAACGAAUGCAAGUCUAACUGUGGCUGUAACAAUCACAGCACCUGUUUGACAGGCAACGGCAAGUGCGACAGAUGUCAGCACUGGACGGUUGGUUCACAAUGUGAGAACUGCAAGCCCGGAAGUUAUGGAAAUGCCACAAAUUCACUUGGCUGUACUAAGUGCAACUGUAACGAGCACGGUAUCGACUCCCUGGGGGUUUGUAACAUCACAUCAGGCGUCUGCUUCUGCCAGGAUAACACUGAGGGUAUCAACUGUGAGAGAUGCAAGAGUGGUUUCUAUGGCGACCCCAGAAAUGGAGGCAAAUGUUACCUGAAGUGUAAAGGCCGUAACCUUAUUGUUAACGCCACCUCCAGUGCCCUUGGAACGUAUGCUGGCAAAGGCAUGGAGAAUAAGUCGCACGUCUUCUGCCUGUGGAUCAUCACGGUAUAUCCCGAUCUGAAUUCAACCGAGAGUGACCUCAACACACCCAUCAUCACCUUCACCAUGGAGAAGACGAUCAGUUUGGAAUGUGCAAAGGACUAUGUCUACGUGUAUGAUGGCAUACCAGCAUUGGCCUCAGGACGCCCAGAAGACAAACCCAACCUGUUAGGAGCUUUCUGUGGUCGUGGACUUGCCCAUCCGAUAUCUGUGGAAGCAAAGACUGGCUACCUGACUGUAUACUUUGAGGCAGACCUCACAGAACCGCCGGACAGUACCAGUGGAGGUUUUAAUGCCUUAUACACAGUUCACGGCUGCCCAUCGAGUUGUUUUGAUAAUCGUGUCUGCCAGGGGGGACAUUGCGUCUGCCGCACUGGAUUCAGGGGGGUCGCCUGUGACCAGGAGUUGUGUCCACUCAAUUGUUCAAAUGAUAAAGGACAAGGAUCUUGUGACUUACUAAAAGGUUUGUGUGUCUGUCAAAGCGGUUUUGGUGGCGCCGCCUGCAAUGAGACCACAACUAAUGUCGGCGCCUUCAACCUCCUAAUGGAUCCAGACCGACUCCGCCCAAAGAGUUCUUUGGCACUUCCGCCAGCGCGUAUGGGACAUUCAUUUGUGUCAUGUGACGGGGAGAGUUUCUAUUUGUACGGUGGGUACUCAGUGACGCAUGGGAUACUCGGCGAUAUGUGGGAGUAUAACAAGGUGGCAAAACUUUGGACCGAAGUCACAUUGCUUUCGACAGACAAUCCUAAACCAAGGUAUUUCCACGCUGCCGCUUGUGUCAGCACUGUACAGUACAUGUACAUGUUUGGUGGCCACAUGAAUAACAUGACUGACUUCCUGAACUCCAAGUUGAAUUACAUGUGGAAAUACAGCCAAGCACACAAGAAGUGGACCCCUAUGAAGACUCCAGCGAUGAUCCAGCCGCUAGCCGGCCAUACCAUGACUCUGAUUGACGACACUAACCUUAUGAUAAUUGGUGGAUUCACAACAACCAAUUACUUCUCUGAAAAGAUCUAUAAGUAUGACACGAGCAAGUCGACCGGAGAAUGGAAUGUGUUCACAACAAAUGGAGCUGUGCCAACUGGGGUCUAUGGCCAUACAUCAGUCUACCACAAGAAUAGCAAUACAAUCUAUGUGUACGGCGGUUAUUUCUACCACACUGAGAAAACCGUUGUGUCAAACUUUCUCUAUGCGUUAGACUUCAAUGAUUUGACGUGGAGUAGGCUGCAGCCCUCAGCUGGCACAGAGCCUCGCCCCUGUUUCUUCCACGCUGCUGUCACAACCGACGACUAUAUGGUCGUUCUCGGCGGCCGAUCAGCGACGGAGAGUUUCUCAUCUGACGUAAUGGCUUACCAUUACAAGUGUAACAAAUGGACAAACUUGAAAAAGGGCGGGAAUGGCACAGCAUUCAGAGUGUAUGGGGACGGCCCUCCAGCUCUGAUAGGUCAAGCUAUCAAAGCCACACCAACUGAAAUAUAUAUCUUUGGGGGUUACAACGGUAUAUCGCACGGGUCGCUCAUAGAGCUGCAGAUGCCACCUGAUCUGUGCCAGAUGAUCGCAGAUAUUGACGUGUGCUCGGUGACGCUUGGCUGCACAGCUUGUAUCAAGAUAGAUGGCGCUGGGAAUAAUUUGACAUUUUGUUACUCAUCUUCGAAACAAUCUCAGGAGAGCCCCUGUGCAAAAGAUCCCAAAGCCCAGUUCUUCCCAGUGAAACAGGACAAUAUGUGUAAUGUUCAGCGCCUGGAGAAACGGGACUGCAACAUACACAAGAAUUGUACUGAUUGUUUGGCCACUUGGCCGGUAUUCAGAAAUGCCAGAAGGGUUUGCAAGUGGUGCAGCUCUUGCCCAACUGGAAAGUGCAUUCCCAGUAAAUUAAACUGCAGCGAAAAGAACCCUUGUAGCCAGGAACAGACAGACAUGACAAGCUCAAGUAUGUGCUGGGCGAGGCAGUGCCAGGCUGCAGAUUGUGACAAGUGUGGAGCCCUCGGCUGCAUGUGGUCAAGGCAGUUCAAGCGAUCAGGCGAAGUCAGCCGAUCUGUUCAUGCAGUCCCAACAUUUGAUUGGAACUGUGUCACGGUGAACCUGCGUCAAAUAAGCCAACAUAAGAUUCGAUCAAUUGAAUCGAUGCCUCCAGACCGCUGCCCUAGGAGGUGCUACCUUUACAGUAACUGGUCCACGUGCUUGUCGUCACUCGGCAGUGAGGGAGGAUUCCAGAAGUGUGUUUGGAGUAAGACACUCGGAGAGUGCAUGCCCCCUGCCUACUUGCCAAUGCAUUGCACAAACGGUCGCUGUGGACAUAUGGUGUUCCAUACCAAGAGCUACCCUAGCAGGUGUAGCGGCUACAAGCAGUGUUCCCAGUGUCUUGAUGCCGCUGGAUGUGGUUGGUGUGCCUUCGGGAGCCGAAAUGGUGUUGGUCUUUGUAUGGAGGGAGGCCUCUAUCGCCCGAUUUACGGAAGCUGCAAAACUGGUGACGUUCAGCUUGGAAAUGAACCAUUGUCAGAGUUACUCUCCCAUCUUUUGGUUGAAGCAAGGAAUGUGCAGAUCACAUGGGCGUUUGCUAAAUGCCCCGCAGAGAAUGAAUGUCAGAACGAUCACCAUACAUGCGAUGAUAAUGAGGACUGUGUGGACAUCCCUGUUGGCUUCAAUUGUACUUGUAAAGUGGGCUACCAGAGAGAUGAAUUAUCCAAGAAGUGUCUGCCUGUCUGUGACCAAGGGUGUGGCAAACAUGGAACCUGUGUGGAACCCAACAAGUGCCUUUGUCACUUUGGCUUUGUCGGGCAUGAUUGUUCUACAGAGUGUGACUGUAAUGGCCACAGCGCCUGCCUGAGCGUUGAACAGAAAGAUGUCUGCUUGAAAUGUAUGAAUAAUACACAGGGCACGAGGUGUUCAGAAUGUAAGCCACUCUUCGUCGGAGAUCCACGAAAUGGGAAUAAGUGUGUCCCAUGUUUCACAUACUGUAAUGAGCAUACGACAAUCUGUAUGGAGGACACAGAGUACAAGUGGUACAUGUUAAUGACUGGCCUGUCUGGGACGAAAUUGGGAAAUUUGACUACUAAGUUUUUGACGCGUGGGCCCCUGGAGAAAGCCGUCUGCUAUGACUGUGGUAACAACACGAGAGGAGACAAAUGCGAGGGAUGUCAACUUGGUUAUUUCAGACUGAAUGCGGAUACUAACUUUUCUCCAACCCUUGCUUGCAGAAAAUGCGAAUGUAACGGCCAUGGGGAGAUCUGCGACCAAAAAGACGGCAAGCACUGCGACUGCAAGAACAACACUGAGACGCAUUGCAAGGACGACAGCGGGCCGUGCUGGCAAAGUCAGUGCUCUGACUGCAAGGAAUACUUUCUCGGCCGCCCGACGAGUGGCCAUCAGUGCUACCGCCAGAUGACGGUCGAGAUUGACUAUUGCUUCAACCCGAAGACGCAGACAGAAUGUCAGAAUCCCAGCCCUCUACCGUAUGGUCAUUCGGUUUUCUAUGCUGUGCAGCCAAAAUAUCUUAACGUGGAUAUAAGGAUUACUAUUGAUGUAUCGAAAGGAGGUGUGGAUGUGUACUUCUCUCCAUACGACGACACAUUCAUAGUCAACACAGAUCCACUCACGUACACCCAUCUUGUCACAAUCGACCCAAGAUACCGCACAGUCAUGGCGGAGCGAGAUGCGAGCGGGAAUCUCCGCACAAAACGAUCAGUCGGCUCCAACUCUACAAAGGCGAUUCACGUGAUGGACACGCAGAACGCAAAAGAACUAAACACAUUUAUAACCAUAAUGGAAAAGGAUACAUUCUUGAUUGUCCGGGAUGUCAGAUUCCGGUUGGUCAUAACAUUACCAUUGGAGAUACACAAUUUAAAGGAAUCGCGUUUCUACAUUGUUUUGAUCAGUAAAAUGGACAGUGAAAAUAACGGGACAUUUGGGAAUAUGUAUUUCCGGCAAGACCAGCCUCACAUUGACUUGUUUGUUUUCUUCUCUGUUUUCUUCUCCUGUUUCUUCCUGUUUCUCGCCGUCUGUGUCUUGUUGUGGAAAAUCAAACAGGGUAUCGAUGAACGGAGAAAUCGCCAACGGAGGGCCAUUGAGAUGGAGCACAUGGCUUCCAGGCCAUUUGGAAAAGUCACGGUUUUAAUUGACCGAGAUUUGCCGUACCAGCAGAUUUCACCCCCAGCUCGUAAAAAUCGCCUCCCAAAAAUUCAUGGGCGACAGAGCCAGGACAAUCGGGACAAUCACUCGGCUUCGGAUCCAUAUAAUGUUGCCCCGAUUGCUCAUGAGCCGACGGAUGAUGGGAUUGCAGCAGUCGGAACUGUUAUGUUUCAGCUUCCAGGGGGCAGUAGUGCUCCCGUUCGUGCUGCGCUUGGAUCAGCCCUGAUUACGAUGCGCGUAAUGUACCCAAAUAUGAAUCAACCAAAAGCGCAGAUACGUCGUAGAACUUGCAGUGUCAAUACGUAACAAAGUGUCGUGCAAUGCAAUGGUUGCCGGUUAGGCAACUUUUGAGAACAUUUUGGUGUUUUUUCGACAUUUUGUGUAUUUGCUCAAAGACUAUUGGUGUUAAUGGUGUAUUAAGUAUUCACCCUUGCUUGGGGGCCUUUGUAGGAAGGAAAACUUCUUCAUUCAACUAAUUCACUCUUUCCAGUUGAGCACAUCUUGUGGUGGAGUUGGCGAACGUCUCCGAUUGAUUUCAAAGUAACGGCUGGAAAGGUCAUUAGGGGACUGCAUUAGUCGGCCAUUUUGUUUCCCCACAACAGAGUGCCACGACAUCUGGAAAAAUGUGAACUCUUCUUCUUCAGUCAUCAUUUGUUGACAUAUUUAAAAAUGUGGUUCAUUUGGUCUAUUGUAGGACACAGAUAUACUGUGAAAGUUUAAAAUUGUCAAUUAAAUGUAUUGGCAAAAGUUUGGAAAUAUCUCAAUGAGCACUGGAUAAUGGUACCUUUAGUCUCAUGGUCCAUAAGGCUCGAGAUUGAUUUCUACUUAGGAGGGCUUUUGUUCAAGGAUUCUCCACAAAGGUUUCCUUUGCACAGUUUUUUUCACAGGUCAGUUAGAAUCUGUGCUUUUGUGCUGUAAGAGCAUCGCCUAUUAUGGGGCCGACGGUGGGGUAUUCGUCUGCCUGGCUAUAGGACAGUAUUUACCUGAUUUAUUCUCAACUACUUAAAAAAAGCAUGUUUAAAGAUAUGUGAUUUUGAUUUUAAUCAAAAUUUGAAAAUGGUUAUUACAAAUUUAUGUUAGUUUGGUUUGUUACGUUGUCUAAUUUUUGUUACAGAUUCACGUUGUUUUUUCGAGAAACUUCAUCCCAUAUUUUGACUUAACACAUAGGCAUGUGAAGAGAAUGUGUACCUCAGCAGCCUAUUCUGUUUCAGGAAUUUAUUGAAGCAAAGGAUGACAGUCAAGUGGUGGGAAUUAUUCUCGUGUGUUGUUUUUUGUGCAGUCUUGGCUCGGCAUCACUUUGAAUUCAUCCGUAAACUUGUAUUUGACCAAGUGCCGGCUUUUCUCCCCUGGGGAUGAGAGGUUUCACAUUCUCAAAAUGAUUAUUAACCAGUGGGUCACAUAUUUUACGUUAUGGCAAGUUCGGUACGACGACGAUUAUGAGAUUAGGCUGGCAGUGACACCAAUAGAUGGUGCUUUGCUAGGCUCAUAACUCCAUGGCAUAUUGAUCAAAAUGAUGGUCUCAUAGGGGUCACAAUACUGAAUAAAAUCAUCUAUCUUUUUUGUUUAAAUGUUGGAUCUAAAAGUCUCAAUUUGCAGAAGUUGAAAACUUGAAAAGUUUUAGUUAGAGUUAUCUAUUCGCAACUGUCACAGUUGUCCUAUAACAUGCUAGGUAAUGUCAGAGUUCAUGCGACUUUUCAAUAACUAAGACUAUUGCAAAUAGACAACUCAAAUCAUCAUUCGAGGAUCACUUAUUUUUGUGGGAAUUCUUGCAUCGAUUUGUCAUGUUGGGUCUUUACAGUAUCUUGGGUGGAUUUGAGAAGAAAAUCUCGCAGAUGGUUUCAACAUUAGCAGAUUUGCGAUCAUGAUACUUAUGCUUAAAUAAGUCAUUUUACAAAUACAUGAACAUGUAAAAGUACCGAUACACGAGCAUCACAUGAUGCUGUGAGUUGUUUUCUUGAACAGAAGAGUACAUGUAUGUAGACUGUGACUUGGUGUUCAACUUUAUACCAUGACAGCAUAAUCAUAUGUGUAUUUAUUUAAUUUGUAUUUGUAAAUCAAGGUUGUAUAGAGCAUUGUGAAUUAGUUGAGGCAAACAAUUUUUAAAGUAUUAAUGAGAUUUUUUGCUUUGGGUGGACUUGACUUAAUCCAUGUAAAUUGUGACCCACCACGGCAAAAUGGGUCGCAUGGCGCUCAGAAGACGAGCCUAAAAUGACACCAGGACAUAAUAGAAGAAAGUGAUACACUCAGAUUUCACAAAAGGCGGACAAUAGUGAAAUGAACAACCAGUCCGUCUCAACUUGUCCAGCUCAAGCGACAUGCGACUCAUUUUGCUGUGGUGGGUCACAAUUAUUGUUUGUUUAGUUUCGUUAUGUGUCAGUAGGUGUCUCUUCUUGCCGAAAAUAAUGGCAGGUUGUGUCAACCUCAUCUUCAGGGGCCAUUGGUUAAAUGAGGUGUCCUGCAAUUAUUACAACUAAGCUCUUGUAGGCCCUGUUGAAGAGGUUGAUCUUUUUUCUAUAUGUUGGGACAGUCAUUUAUCAUCAUUUAUUAUUUGACACCGGACAGAGCUAUCUGAGACUGGGACUACAACAGCAACAGGCAAAGUUGUCCGAAAAAAUGUCUGGAGCCUAUGGAUCACCCGCAUUAUUCAGAGUCAAUGAGUACAUUUUGGCAUUAGUAACACAGUCUUUGUUCCAAAUUGUCAUUAUUUUUAGACUUUGGCAAAUCUAUCUUGGGAAAAGGACACUCUCUAAUUGUUUCAAUAUGAAUGUUUCAGCAAGACGCAUGUACUCACAUUACUCUUUUUGGAUGUAGGUAAUGCACAGACCACUGAUUUAGCACAGGGCUAAUCUCUGAAAGGAGUAAAACUUUCAGCUUUGCCUUCUACUAGAUAAGUAUGUUAAAAAUAGGCCAUCUUUUGUGCCGGUUCAGUAUUGAUGUUUUAAGAGUGCUAUUAAAGAUAGUGUGUGAAAUUUUGGCAGUAAAAAAAUAGUGCAGGUGGAUUUUGAUGUAAAAUUUUACAUGAACUGGCAUUAACUUUGACUUGGUACAAAGUCUAUUGGGCUGAAGGAACACCAAGUUACAGUUAAGGCCAAUUUGUGACUUAUAUUGUUUGAACAUCUGGGCCCUGGAGGGUAUUUGGUAGCGUAAUUUUUUUUGAAACGCUCUAUUUCUGUCAAACAAAUUACUUGGUGGUGUCCGGAUGGCUUAUAUAUUGAGCACUGUUAGGUGACUGGGUCUGGUUUUGAAUACUGGCAGUGGACAGAGAGAUAAGGGAUACACCUGUUAGCAACAUUGUGUAACUUAAUCUGGCCCACCUUGCUUCUGCCUUGUGUCUCCCGAGAAUAAUUACCCAUUUUAGACUGUGUAAACUUUCUAAAUAUCAUGUCCACCUUUUGUGCUAGCAUUGCUUCUUUGAGUGCAGUGCCCUCCUGUACCAGUGUGUCCUGGCCUCUUUCAUGACUUAGUCAAGUAUGGGUAUUGUUUUGUAUAUCCAGCGGUGUGUACAUAUAUUGAAGCGCUCUUUAUAUUUGGUACACUAAUAAACAAUUUUCAUUGAAAAUGA